AUGGCUUCAAGCUCUUCUCAACAGACAGGCUCGUCUGUAUCUGCCUUUGUCACCACAUUAAUUUUCAAUCUUAUUGUGUUUGCCAUUUUUAUCAUUGUGUUCAUCUUGGCCAAACGUAAGUAUGAUCGUGUCUACCAGCCAAGGGCCACUGUUGAUUCAGUUCCUGAACCUUUACGUGCGGAACCGCAGCCUAAAGGCGCCUUUUCUUGGCUUCCAUUUAUUCUGAAGCAACCUACUCCUUACACUAUUGAGAAGGUUGGCGUCGAUGGCUUUUUUUUCCUUCGCUAUCUCCAGAUUUUCAUGAUCAUUGGUUGUCUAAGUGGCCUUAUUCUUUGGCCGGUCUUAUUUGCCAUCAAUGCAACUGGUGGUGGCUCUUCAAACGGUUUCAAUGUUAUUUCCUACUCUCACAACACAUACAAAUGGCGGGUGUUUGCCGAUUUGUUCUGUUCUUGGAUCUUUUUCGGUCUGGUUCUAUUUGUCAUCUACAGAGAGAUGAUCUUCUAUACCAGUUUCCGUCAUGCUUUGCAGACCUCUCCAAUGUACUCAUCUUUACCCUAUUCCCGCACUUUGCUUAUUGAUAACGUUCCAAAGGAAUUGUUGAAUGAGGCUUCCGUGAAGAAGCUUUUCCCUGCUGUUUCUAAAGUCUUCAUUCCUCAAGAUACCAAGAAGUUAAGUAAACUCAUCAAGAAGCGUACUAAACUUGUCGGUAAGAUGGAGGGUGGACUCAAUGGAAUGCUUUGUAAAGCCGUCAAGAUCAGAAACAAAGCUGUUAAGAAGGGUCAGGAAGUCCCAUCUCCGGCCGACGAUGUCAACGCCUACUUUAAGGAAUCUAAGCUUCCUACUUACAAAGAUAGGCCUAUCAUUGGUAAGAAGAAGUAUUUGCUUACUGACGGAUUUGAUGAGAUGGCUGAGUACAGUAAAAAGAUCACUGACAUGCAGUCCGAGUACCCUGAGAAGCACGAAAACCAAGGUUCGAUCUUCCUUCAGUUUGCCAAUCAUCUGGAGUUGCAGCGUGCUUAUCAGGCUGUUCCGUAUUGUAAGGAGUUAAAAAUGAGUCGAAGAUUCACUGGUAUCGCUCCUGAGGAUGUCAUUUGGGAGAACGUUGGUACUAAAUUCGCCGUGAGAAGCUCAAAGAAGGCAGGAUCCGCUGCCCUUUUAACUGCUACAAUCAUAUUUUGGGCUAUUCCUGUGGCUGUUGUUGGUUGUAUUUCUAACAUCAACUACUUGACAUCCAAGGUGCACUUUUUGAGUUUCAUUAAUAAUAUGCCUAGCGUUAUCAUGGGUAUCAUUACCGGUAUUUUGCCUACCGUCUUGCUUGCUCUUCUCAUGUCCCUCUUACCUCCUUUCAUUCGUAAAUUGGGUAAGGUUUCUGGUGCUUUAACUGUUCAGCAGGUCGAGCGUUGGACUCAACAAUGGUACUUUGCCUUCCAGGUCGUUCAGGUGUUUCUUGUCACUACGUUGGCCUCUUCCGCAGCGUCUGUGGUCACGAAGAUUGUUGAUGAUCCCUCUCAAGCCAUGUCUUUGCUUUCUCAGUACUUGCCACCUGCUGCCAACUUCUACAUCUGUUAUAUGUUGUUGAAAGGUUUAUCGGUUUCUUCCGGUGCCUUGGCACAGAUUGUUCCAUUAGCCCUUUCAUUUGUUCUUGGUCCUCUUUUGGACAAAACUCCUCGUAAGAAAUGGAACAGAUACAAUACUUUGGGAUCACCUGCUUGGGGUACCACUUAUGCCGAUUAUGGUCUUUUCACCGUGAUCCUGCUCUGUUAUGGUGUGAUUCAGCCAAUUAUUAUUGCAUUCACUGUCGUGGCUUAUGCUCUUAUUUACAUCGCUUAUGUCUACAACCUUACCUAUGUUAAUGACCACAGCUACGAUGCGAGGGGAAGAAAUUACCCCUUAGCAUUAUUUGAGGUGUUUGUGGGUUUGUACCUUGCAGAGAUUUGCCUUAUUGGAUUGUUUGUGACGAUCAAGAAUUGGGCUUGUGUCGUUCUAGAGGCCGUCUUCCUUGGCUUUUCUAUUUUCUUCCAUUUGUAUCUCAGAUGGAGAUUCGAGGAUAUUCUGGAGACCGUGCCUAUGGGUGCCAUCAGAGAGGCCGAUAUGGGUCAAAUUGGCGCUUAUCCAAUGAAGGACCAGGGAAGAGCUCAGAUUAAGGAAGAGGGAGAGAACUUUUUCGUGAACUCAGGUGCUGGUUCAUCGUCUGAUGAGGCCGCAGAGGCCAAAUAUGGAGAUGAAAAUAGUUCCUACACCUACAAAAAUAGCCCUCAGAUUCUCGAUGAUAAGGGUAACUUUGAAAGAAAUCCAGCAGGGCCCGAGAAUCCUAUGGAAGGUCCAAGUAGUACUAAGGAUGUUGAGAAGAUGGCUAUAAAUGCUGCCCCUGGUGUUGGUGCUGACGUUGGCGGUUAUACAGGUUCCGAUUCUUCUAUUUCCCAGAAGAUCAAGAAUUUUCUGCAUCCAAGAUCGUCUCUAACUUUCCAAUACGCUAGAUCUAUCUUACCUGCCAGAUGGUAUGAAAGAUGUCCCAAGGAGUUGGCCAGUAAUGUCGAUUAUGGUAACCCUGAAGUUGUUGAGGAGGAGCCUUUGAUUUGGAUUCCAAGAGAUCCAAUGGGUCUUUCUACACACUUGAUUGAGAAGGCUGAAGGUAAAAUGAUUCUCAGCAACGAAAACGCCGUCGUCAGUGAGAAGGCCAAGGCCGAAUACACUGGUCUUCCGCCGGACUACAAGCCUGCUCUGGUCUAUUGA